AUGGAGGUGCUUGAAUACAUGAUCAACUUGUUCAAAAUAGAUCAGUUUGACGACUCUGCUUUGAAGGUCAUAUUGGACAAGGCACUCGUAUAUGACCGAAUUGACUUGGUACAAUGGCUACAACAACGCUUUGGACGAGACAGGACACUGUCGUUGUCACCAACACUCGAGACACUUCUUGAGAUUGCCAAGAAGAAUUCCCUUCGCUCACUCGAGUUCCACUUCAACUCAACCAAAUUCACAAACAUGACCAACACACACAAGUUGCGAACUAUCCACUCAAUCAUCAACAAAUGUUAUAAAAGUGGAUUGACACGAGUGAUCAAGUUGUGCGCUGAUCUCAUCGCUACCAUCUCACAUCAAUCAGAUCUUGCACCCCAGAUUGACACCAAUCAAUCAAUGAUUGGUUUGGAUGACUACGUUCCAAAAUGUUUACAUCAGUAUGAGAAAGCAUUCCAUUCUGUGUUUGGUAACAGGCUUGGAAUGCUGAUCAUGGAACAAGUUGGAGUGGUUCACAAGUCACUUGGUGUUGAGGCCAAGCAUGUGAUAAAAGGUGCAGAGUUGAUUGAUCGACAUUGUUUGAAUGAUUACAUCAAAUAUGGCGCAACUGAAUGGUUCCUCAAGGCAUACUCUCCAUCAUCAUUGGCAACAAACUCAUCAAACUAUAACACAGUAUUAAUGGAGAUGGCUGUGAUCAAAUCUGACAAACGGGCGCUCGAUGCACUCCUGGCCAAUCCUUUUAUGACUUUGCCGGCCAAGAUGGAAUCACUCUCUGAUCAGUUCAUCAAUACUGUGUCAACAUGUUCACAUCCAGAAUGGGAGAGGUUGUUUGAUCAAUACAUCUUGAUUAUGCUCCAAGGUACCAAGCCAGAACUGGACGUCUGGCAAUUUGAUGAAAUCCAACAUCCGUCAUUCCUUCACAAACUCAUUCAAUGUGGUAAAACCACACCCAGUAAUCUCGAACCAAUUAGUCAAGUCAGAGAUAGCAUGGAGAGCUGGCUGUCCAAACCAUGGGCAAUGGAGAUGAUCCAACUGCUUGAUCAACUCACACUACUUCAUCCCGACAUACACCUUAAUAUUCUGGUCACUGCGAUUGACGAUGAUAUCACAUCGUUGUUCCACCACUAUCUCCCCCACAUUUCUACAAUGUACAACUCGAGAGCCAACUCAACUGCAUCCUCGAUUCACUGUCCGCUAGCACCAGCACCAGCACCAGCACCGCCAUAA